AGCCCGGUGUUCCGGUGUCUCCUCCCGUCCCGCUGCUCCAGGUGUCCCACGGUGCACGCAGGACGUGGGAGGUGCCCGGGGCCGCCUCUCUGCAGAACCUUAAAUCCCGGCGCGGCGCCGGGCGGGCAGGGUGCUGGCAGCAUGCGGGCGGGUAGCUGGCUCCUGCUGGGGCUGCUGGCCCUCAGCACUCCGCUGCACGCUGCGCCCGCUGCAGGGCUGCCCGGAGCAGCGACCAUCGUCCCUGUGACCAAGCCACAGGCAGUGGUACCAGCAGAUCCCCGGUGUCGGCAGUGGGAUGGCAUCCAGAGCCCAUCCAUGCAGCAGCAGCUGGGGGCAGAGCGGGGCGGUGCAGAGCAGCACCUGCAUGGGGAGCAGCCGGCGGUGAGACCUGCGCCAGAGAAUGGAGCGGGGAGCAGGGAGAAGCCCACGGUGGGCAGCACACCUGCACCACGGGAAAAGCUGGAGAUCACAAAGAAACCCAGCGUGGGGAAGAAGCCAGAAUGCGAGGGGAAGGGUGGGGCUGGGGAAAAGCCAAAGAUAACGCCAGGAGCAAUGAAGAAACCAGAGAGUGGAGGGAAAACUGAGAGUGGGGGGAAAUCAGAGACCGGAGGGAAAACUGAGAGUGGGAAAAAGCCAGGGACUGGGGGAAAGCCAGAGGCUGGAGAGAAACCCGUGCUGGGGGAGAAGCCGGAGUCUGGGGGAAAACCGGAGGCUGGGGGGAAGCAGGAGGGUGGGGAGAAGCCUGAGUCAGGAGAGAAACCGAAGUCCGAGCAUGGAGACGGUGAGGAGGGCGAUGACAGUGAUGACGACGAUGACGGUGAUGAUGAUGAUGAUGAUGAUGAGAAAAAAGGGCAUGAGAACGAUGGUGUUGAUGACCAUGAUUAUUACUACGGCUACAAUGAUGACGAGGGCUACGAUGAUGAUGAUAAUGGUAAUGAUAACAAUGACAGUGAUGACUAUGGUGGAAAUGACAAGAAUUACUAUGGAGAUGACGGUGGAUACGGUGACAGUGAUGACUGAAGAUUACAGUGGUGGUGAUGGCAGCGAUGCUGGCAGCAGUUACCGUGAUGAUGCUUGGUGACCAGCACUGUGGGGUGUGUGCAAGGCACAAGGUGCAAGGACAGCCCAUGGCAGGUGGGCACAUGGAGCCACCCCCAGCCUCCCCCCAGCUCACUCUGCUAGAGCCAGUCCUGGACACCAGCGCUGUUUUGGGCAGGACCUUCACUUUCCUAAUAAAUCCCACAAUGCCACUUGCUCAACAUAACAA